UCUGAUUCAGUAGUUACUUUUUCACCAUAUUGUCUGAGUUUUAUCAACGGUAGGUAGGUAGCUAGCUAGCUAACUCAAACAUUGCGAAUGGUUUCCCGGUAGUUAGCCAGCCAGCGUAUCCGCUAACUACAACAGCCGCAGCUAACCUUGUCAGACUUGUUCUGUUGUGGAGGGCAAAACCCUCUAACAUUACUUGCCUAGCUAGCGAGAAUAAUUAGGGUAGGUUGGCUAUAGCUGACCCUAACGACAAUAUAACCAAUGCCAACGUGAAGGUGAUUUGUCUUUCAUAUGUAGUUAGCCAGAUAGCUAGUACCAGGCCUGGCUUUUCAACCACACACACACACGACACGGUUGGAAUUUUAGAUAUGAAUAGUUGUCAGCUGACAUAUUAUACAGCCAAUAGUGCUUAGCGAUUAGUGCUUUUUGAGUUCGGUUCGAUUAUAAAACAAUAUUCACUGUUAAAAAAAAAAAAACUUAAACACUAAACGCACUACAUUACAUGGGUUGAAUGCUGUAGCAACACAUAAUAAAACAAUCAAAGUCCCAUGACUGUCCCUUACUGGUUCACUUAACUACAAUUUUUUAACAUUAACGUUACUUCAAUAAAAUAUUUCAGUUGUGCAUAUUACAUUAGUUUUAUUUGAUGACUUUAUUAUUUAAUUCCAAGCCAUCUCAUCUCUAGAGCUGCUGUCUGACACAAUCAUAAGUCAAUAAGGCAUAGUUGGCAUUCAGCAGUCAAAACUAUCAGUCACUUAGAUAAUGUAUUUUCAGGUAGUGAUGCCUUGACAAGCAACUUUUAUCUCUCUCCUCUGUGUCUGCCCCACACUAACCUAACAUAACAGGCGUAAAAGACAAGUAGGCACGCAAUGGAUUAUGGUCAUUGUAGUUGAUUACCACGUUUUCUGCGAUAACUGAGUAUUGUAUUGGCCUGUUAAAUCAGUAGUAGGGAGUUGUAGUUUAUCUCAAGAUAUACGUAUAUCAAAUCUGUAGGCUUAAUCAAGGAUAAAUCUAGGCCUUCGUGUGUAUCAAAUCUGUUAAUCAAGGAUCAAUAAAGCCAAAAUGUUCAGGAUUUGUCAUUACGUGAUCACAAUAGGCGGGGAUAUUUUCGGUUCCGUUUAGCCUAUAGGUUAUGCGUAAGAAAGCAACUGCACUGAACUUAAUAGCCAGAUUAAAUGCAUUUCCCCCAUCCUGAAAGUAAAAAAAUGUGUUCUUCUGUUGAUGAUGUUCUGAUGUUUUUUGUCUAUGGAUAGACCCGUACUGCUUCUAUCUUUUUGGUAUUUUGUUAUAGGCAUAUGCGACCACUAAUCUUCUCAAUUCCGGAGCAUUUAAAACAACCAUAUUUUCCGUGGAAUAAUGACACUUGCUUUAUAGGUCUACCCUGGCGUGAACUCAUGUUGAGCAAGACAUUAAAUUGGUUAGUGACUGCAGAAAGCCUCACAGAGUUAAUCAUUGUUAUAGCCUAGAUGGCUUUAUAUACACCUUCCUAAUAUUGAGUGCACCCCCCCCCUUUUGUCCUCAGAACAGCCUCAAAUUGUCAGGGCACGGACUCCACAAGGUGGCGAAAGCCUUUCACAGGGAUGCUGGCCCACGUUGACUCCAAUGCUUCCCACAGUUGUGUCAAGUUGGCUGGAUGUCCUUUGGGUGGUGGACCAUUCUUGAUACACACAGGAAACUGUUGAGCGUGAAAAACCCAGCAGCGUUUCUUGACACAAAGCGGUGUACCUACUACAAUACCUAGUUCAAAGGCACUUAAAUAUUUUGUCUUGCCCAUUCACCCUCUGAAUGGCACACAUACACAAUCCAUGUCUCAAAGAUGAGAGAUUUUUAAGCCAUCGCCUCCCCUUCAUCUACACUGAUUUGAAGUGGAUCUAACAAGUGACAUCAAUAAGGGAUCAUAACUUUCACCUGAAUUCACCUGGUCAGUCUGUCAUGGGCAGAGGUCCUUCAUGUUUUGUAUACUCGGUGUAUAAGUGAGCAAGGGGUAACCUAUGUGUUUUUUUGCCCUUCUCUAUAACAAUUGUUAAAUUCUCACAUACCCCCCCAAUUCAAGCCAUGGUUUUCACCAUAACACAUCAAACCCUCCACAGAAAUUGAUAGCAUUUAGCCAAAGGAGCAUGGUGACAGUGAUUACAUCUGUGAACCUGAAUAGAGCUCCAAUAAACCUCGUGUCCAUGUUGAUUUCAGAAAGAGUCCUAUACAAUAUCUACACAGUAAUGGUGGCAGUCUGCAAACCGUCCAGCUUAAUCUAUAUUUUUAAAGGGGUGAUAGGCCUAUUUUAUCUAAACAAAUUCAAUUGAUUAGAUUACUCUUCCAAUUUUCUUUAAAGCAUCGUAUGCAUGUUGGUGUUCAUGGUGAGAUAUUUCAUAAUAAAAUGACGUGUGGCGUCUCUGUUGACAAUCCAUGUUAAUUCAUGACGGUAUCUUAUGGCGCUAGGAAGACUUUAGGUGACUUGGUGAAAGGUAUCAGUAACUUCAUUAGGCUUUUAUUUAGGCCUGAAAUCACUCGCUGUUUGGACUGGAGAGUUGGGUUUACUGUUGUGUCCACUGCUCUCUUAUGACCGUUCUGACUGUAUACUUUGGUCCAAUGUUUUAUGUGGGUGGUUUCCACAAGAUGUCGUUCCCUCAUCUCAACCGACCCCUGUUGCCACCGGGAAUCCCCCCUCCACAGUUCUCUGGUUUUCCUUCAGGUACCCCAAUGAUACCAGUCCACAUGGGCAUCAUGACACAGAACCCCACAGUCCUGGUACCCACCUCCAUGUCCGUUGUCAGUAAGCCCACGGCCCCCAGGAAGGAAGCUCCCCUGGACGAGAACAAUGGCCCCACCACCACAGUGUUUGUAGGAAACAUCUCUGAGAAGGCCUCGGACAUGCUGAUUCGAAAGUUGCUGGCGAAAUGCGGCCUGGUCCUAAGCUGGAAGAGAGUCCAAGGAGCCUCUGGAAAACUUCAAGGUAAAAACAGAACAGCUUUUGGAUUCUGUGAGUACAAGGAACCAGAGUCGACGCUGCGGGCCCUGCGACUGCUCCACGAGCUGCAGAUCGGGGAGAAGAAGCUGCUGGUGAAGGUGGAUGCCAAGACCAAGGCCCAGCUGGACGAGUGGAAGGCCAAGAAGAAGAGUAGCACCAACGGCAACGGGAAGGCGGAAGCAGAGGAUGGAAAAGAGGAGGAAGAGGAGGAGGUGAUCGACAAGGACACCCAGAUGAGGGACCAGAUCGUUAAGGGCACCAUUGACGGUCUGAUCCGAGAGUACGCCAGCGAUCUCAAAGCUCCCUUGAAUGAUGAAGAAUCUCAGCAACGCAGGAAAAGGAAAGAGAAAAAAGAGGAGGAGGAUAUCAACGCAAUUGACGGGUUGGAGGAUGACAAGAGAGACCUGAUUUCCAGAGAGAUCAGUAAAUUCCGUGACACCCACAAGAAACUGGAGGAGGAGAAGGACAAGAAGGAGAAGGAGCGUGCAGAGUUUGAGCGUGAGAGACGGGAGAGGGACAAGGAGAGGGAGCGUGAGAGGGAGCGACGGGACCGCGAGCGGGAGAAGGAGCGUGAGAAGGAGAGGGAGAGGGAGCGCGAGAGAGAGCGCGAGAGAGAACGGGAAAGAAGUGACAGAGACCGAGAUCGUGACCGCAACCGGACGAAAGAGCGAGAACGGGAGAGGGAGAGGAGCCGGGACAGGAGCAAAGACCGUAGCCACUCCAGAGACAGAGAGGUGAGUCGCGACAAGGACAAGAAGCGUGACCAGGAGGAUGAGGAGGAGGUCUACGAGAGGAGAAGGCUGGAGAGGAAGCUCAGAGACAAGGAGGCAGCCUACCAAGAACGCUUGAAGAACUGGGAGAUCCGCGAGAGGAAGAAGGCUCGAGACUACUCCAAGGAGUCUGAACGGGAGGAGGAGCGUAGGAGAGAGAUGGCUAAAGAAGGCAAACGUCUGAAGGAGUUCCUGGAGGACUAUGAUGACGACAGGGAUGACCCUAAGUUCUACAGGGGCAGCGCGCUGCAGAAGCGUCUGCGAGACAGGGAGAAGGAGACUGAGAUGGACGAGCGCGACAGGAAGAGAGAGAAGGAGGAGCUGGAAGAGAUCAGACAGAGGCUUUUGGCCGAGGGACACCCCGACCCCGAGGCCGAGAUACGCAGGAUGGAGGAGGAGGCAGAGCGUCUGCGCCAGCCCCCGGUGAAGCUGGAGCCAGAUCCCGAGGAGGAGCGGGUACACAAGGCGCCACGGGAGGACCGUGACCGCCGAGGAGACCGGGAGAGAGAACGAGGAGACCGGGAGAGAGAAAGGGAGAGAGAGCGAGGAGACCGGGACAGAGAAAGGGAGAGAGAGCGAGGAGACCGGGAGAGAGAGCGAGGAGACCGGGACAGAGAAAGGGAGAGAGAGCGAGGUGAGAGAGACCGAGGGGACCACCAUCCCCACCACCACUCAGAUGAUGACGUGGAAGAGGGGGAGGAGUUUGACGACGAUGACCAAUCGGGGUUCAAGCCCUGCCUGAAGCCCACACUGCGGCCAAUCACGGCGGCCCCCUCUGUGUCGUCGGCCAGCGGGGGCGCCACUCCCAACACGCCCGGGGACGAGUCGCCAUGCGGUAUCAUCAUCCCUCACGAGAACUCUCCCCCUCACGAGGCCCCACCCCCCCACGAGGCCCUGCCCCAGGAUGAGUUCCGCCCCAAGAUUGGCCUCAGUCUCAAACUGGGAGCCCCUAAUGUUACCAGCCCCAGCCAGCCCAAUGUGGCCAUCAAACGCAAGAAGCUCACUGUAGACAGUGUCUUCAACAAAUUCGACGACGAGGAGGCGGACGAGGCUCCCCGCAAGCGCAAGCUGGUGCCGCUGGACUACGGCGACGAUGACAAAAACCUCCAGAGCGUGGUAGACGGCGCCUCGGGACUGGCGGCCAUCAAGGGCGCCAACACUGAGGAGAAGCGCAAGCACAUCAAGAGCCUGAUCGAGAAGAUCCCCACGGGCAAGACGGAGUUGUUCUCUUACCCGCUGGACUGGUCCGCCGUGGACUCGACUCUGAUGGAUCGACGCAUACGUCCCUGGAUCAAUAAAAAGAUCAUUGAGUACAUUGGAGAAGAAGAGGCUACGCUAGUGGAUUUUGUCUGCUCAAAGGUGAUGGCUCAUGGUACACCACAGGGUAUCUUGGAUGAUGUUGCCAUGGUUCUGGAUGAAGAAGCAGAAGUCUUCAUAGUCAAGAUGUGGAGGUUGCUGAUCUAUGAAACAGAGGCCAAGAAGAUUGGGCUGGUGAAAUAAGAAACCCAAGAAAGCACAGAAUGAACAUCCAACUUUUUCUAAUAGAGUAAUCCAACUUUAGUGUUGUUAGUCACCAAAAAAGACUGCUUCUCCAUUCGAGCAGCCUAAAAUCAAAGAAUGGGCUCAUCCUAAUACCCCAACAAUGGCUUUCUCCUAUGGACAAUAUUGAGCUCCCGUUUUCUCAUUAUUCCAAUAGACUCUGGUACAUGUAUCUCUACUACAGCUGCUGACUGUACAGCCUACAUGUGUAUGUGCUUGAAUGACUUUGACUAAGUGCUUAUUGAAGAUGCAUGCAAGCAACCACUUGGACAAUGGCCUGACAACAGUCUCUUGGCUUGAGUUGCCUGUCCCGGGGGUUGGGAUGGAGCUGGCAGAUAAGCAGCUAGCGUUUGAAGAAGACAUGGCUACCAAGCCGUGGGAAGGAGGUUCACUGAAAGGUAUCUCACUGGUCUCAGUUUUUCUAUAGUUUUGUGAUAGUAGUACUUAGAAACAUCCACAACUUCUAUAACAUCUCAAAUGCUUAGUCAUUGGCAUCUGCUGAAACUUUUGUUUAAGUGGAGUAGGUUUGUUUUUGUAUUACAAACGAUACUUUCUAAAAAUGCUAUUUGAGGAUGAUGGGCCAGAUACUGAAUGUUAGGUCUUACUUCCUGACUUGUGAUUGGUUGGUCUCAUAUAACACCUGACAGAACACUGUAUAGGAAAGGUUCAUUUGGAAGACCAGCUGAAAUGAUUGUGAUUUGUGAAAACAUUGUCUCCAUUUUUUUUUUUUUUUGUACCAGUGGAAAUUUGUUUUGAAUAAAGAGGAUUUUCUAUA